AUGAUUCAGAACUACCAUGAUGCCAUGGCAAUUUGCCGGACACGGGGCAACCCAAAUUUGUUUCUAACUUUUACAUGUAACGUUAAAUGGCUUGAGAUCCAGAAUGCAUUGAGUCUUAUCCCUGGUCAAAGAGCAGAGCAUCGACCCGAUAUAGUCUCACGUGUCUUUCAUAUGAAACUUGAUGAAUUUAUGGCUGAUAUCAAGACAGCAAACUAUUUUGGCAGAGUUGUUGGAGCUGUUUACACAGUGGAGUUCCAAAAAAGAGGCUUACCUCAUGUGCAUGUUAUAAUAUGGUUGUAUGAGGGUGAUAAAAACCCAACUAUUGCUGAUAUUGACAGGAUAAUAUGUGUAGAGAUCCCAAAUAAGGAGACUGAACCUGCUUUAUAUGAUGUUGUUUCAAAAUUUAUGAUACAUGGACCAUGUAGUGCUGCUAAUCCCAAAGCACCCUGUAUGAAGAACGGCAGGCUCAUGUCAAUGUUGAAUGGUGCAACAGAUGUGUUGCAAGAAGAUGUUCAGCAUUUGGAUUCUCCAGCAGUCGAUGAGAUAAAAAACUAUGUUGAUUGUAGGUAUUUGACUGCAUAUGAAUCAUGCUGGAGAAUUUAUGAAUAUCAUAUCCACUAUAAGUUUCCAGCAGUUGAGAGGUUGGCUGUACACAUGCCUCUUAUGAACAAUAUACUUUUUCCAGGGGAUAAAGAUGUCGCAACGGUGUUGCAACAACCAGGAAUAGAGAAAACCAUGCUCACAGAGUGGAUGUUUAAAAAUUCCACCUCUGAUGAUGCACGUCAGCUCACUUAUGCUGAAUUUCCUUCUUUAUGGCGUUGGGACAACAUCAAUAAAUUUUGGUUUCAAAGGAAAAAAGGCCAAUGCAUUGGACGUAUCUCAUAUGUACAUCCUUCGGCUGGUGAUGCCUAUUAUUUGUGUAUGUUACUUUCUCAUGUCAAGGGUCCAAGAAAUUUUACUGAUAUCAGAACAGUUGAUGGAAUUGUAUAUGACACAUUUAAGGAGGCUUGCAACGCAAUUGGUUUAAUAGCUGAUGACCGUGAGUGGCAUAAUGCCAUGGAUGAGGCCGCACAGUGGGCUACAUCACACAAUCUUAGAAAUCUAUUUGUCACGUUACUGUUGUUUUGCGAGGUAGCAGAUGCGAACAAAUUGUUUGAAGCACAACUACUAAAUUCACAAGAAGACAUUGUUUAUAAAGUCCAACGCAGACUUGGGAUUACAGACCUUAGACUAUCAGCAGAAGAGAUAAAAAACCAGGUGUUGGUUGUGCUACAAACCAUACUUCAAAAAAAUGCAGCAUGCCUAAGUGACUAUAAACUGCCAAUGCCUAAGGGCCCACAGCUCCAGAAUCUUACCAACACAAUGCUGAGAGAAGAGUUGGGGUACAAUACUGAUAACCUUAAAGUUGAAAGUGAGAAUUUGAUGAUGCAAUUGAACCAAGAGCAGAAGCGCGUAUACGAUUCUGUUUUAUCAUCUGUUUAUGAAGGGAACGGAGGAUUUUUCUUUGUCUAUGGACACAGCGGAACAGGAAAAACAUUUCUUUAUCGGGCUAUAAUAUCUCGCCUCCGUUCAGAAGGUAAAAUUGUACUCGCAGUAGCCUCCUUGGGAAUUGCUUCGUUAUUGUUGCCUGGUGGCAGGACAGCUCAUUCUAGAUUCAAAAUACCUAUUGAAAUCCAUGAGGAAUUAAGCUGCCACAUAAAGAAGGGCACUCAACUAGCUGAACUAAUCAAAAUUACAAGCCUAAUUGUAUGGGAUGAAGCACCAAUGGCCCAUCGUAAUUGUUUUGAAGCACUUGACAGGUCAUUAAAUGAUAUUCUCGCAAAUGAUGCUGAAAUUGCUGACAAUUCACCUUCUCUUUUUGGUGGGAAAACCGUUCCGCUUGGGGGUGACUUCAGGCAAAUACUUCCAGUGGUUGUGAAGGGUUCAAGACAUGAUACCAUCGAGGCUUGCAUCACAAGAUCAUAUCUCUGGAACAGCUGCCAAGUCUUUGUCUUGAAAAUAAAUAUGAGACUAUCUACAGCUGGUUUAACAGAGGAGGAAAUGUCAGAGCUUGCAAAUUUUGCCCAAUGGCUACUAGAUGUCGGCGAAGGAAAGGUUCAGAUUGUUAAAAGAAAUGAGGAAGAGGAGCAACCUGCCUGGAUACGAAUACCUGACAACAUGCUUGUGCACUCUGAAAAAUGUGAUAUUGAAGAUAUCACUUCUGAGGUUUAUGAUGGAUUCAUGACGCUAUACCAAGAUCCAAAUUACUUGAAGGAAAGAGCCAUUGUGACAGGAACAAAUGAUGCAGUGGAUCUAAUUAAUUCCAAGGUGCUUUCAGUACUUCCUUCAGACCAGAAGUUGUACCUUAGUUUCGAUUCUAUUUGCAAAGUUACUGGAGGCUCAGAAGAAAAUGAUAUUUUAUACCCACCUGAAUUCGUGAAUUCACUAUCAUUCAAUGGUGUUCCAAAUCACGAGCUUCGCCUUAAAAUUAAUGCGCCGGUCAUGUUGUUACGAAAUCUCAACCAGAGCAGUGGAUUGUGUAAUGGAACUAGGCUAUUGGUUACAAGAUUGGGAGAAAGAGUGGUGGAAGCUACUAUUAUGACGGGCAGUAACAUUGGCGACAAAGUUUAUAUUCCCAGAAUCAUUAUGUCGGCAACAGAGAGAAAAUGGCCUUUUACAAUCAAGCGGAGACAAUUCCCUUUGCGGUUGUGUCAUGCAAUGACAAUAAACAAAAGUCAAGGCCAAACUCUCACAAAAGUUGGGUUUGCAAUCCUUACAAAAAUGGAACAUACACCACUGGCAGAGUUGCAGAUCCGCCAGCAUGAAUUUCAUCACAUGUUGAGUUGCAAGAAUGUUGCAAAUUUUAUUGUAAUAGUUGCCAGGAAAAACUUCAGAGUGUGUCCAAGCGAAAAUAUGCUUCAAGUUGGGACAUGGACAGUCAUAAAAGAAGUUUUUCGCAUGGCAUCUGCAAUUCCAAAGAACCGUUUCUGCUUCAUUAAUGGUAAUACUCCAUACUUCGCCCAUAAUGACUUUCCUGCAUUUUCUCUAUGA